UAGACGAACACACACCGGCAGAUAACAACAGUGGGAUAUUCUGUUCCAGAAUCGUACUCAUGAAGGCUAAGAUUUUGCAAGAAUGACAAAUUACUUGAAAGGGUGACAACAAUAUCUACACUGUUACUAUAGGAAGGCCAGGAUUUGAGGGAUAUGAUAUCAUCAUCAGACUCCCCUGUAGCUGCUCAACUUGAGGCGAUGUUAGCUGAUGUGCCAAAUCAUCUGUCAGGAAUGUUACCUGAGUUAUCAGUUAUGGGUAUUAUCAACUGGGGGGCGGCAGCUGCCAUGGUGUUUGGUGGAGUGGUGCCGUUUAUUCCACAAUACCGAGAUAUCAGGAGAAGUGGUAACACAGAGGGGUUCUCCACAUUUGUCUGUCUCACCUUGCUUAUAGCCAAUAUACUCAGGAUCAUGUUCUGGUUUGGAAAGCACUUUGAGUUACCACUUCUUGCUCAAAGUAUCAUAAUGGUGUUUACAAUGUUGAUGAUGGUUAAGCUGUGUGUACAGAUGAAAAACAAAUCAGAAAUAGUGGCAUCAAAACCACACAAAUUCACUGAUUCUCAGAAUCAUCUUCACCAAAAUGGCGACACAGAUACCUCCCGGUCAUACCCCAACUUGGGGAAGACUGUUGGCAGGUCUACCUUUCUUGAUUUUGACCGUGGUCACUUUUGGCAGUGGACAGAUUUCAAGAGUUACAUCCAGUUUAUCUCACUGUUUACUGCUGUAAUGGCACUGCUGACCUUUCUUCUCCUAAACAACAUUAUCUAUGUAGAACUUAUAGGAUUUUUAGCUGUGUUCGCAGAAGCCUUAUUAGGAGCACCACAGUUUUACAGGAAUUUCAAAAACAAGUCCACACAAGGAAUGAGUAAGAAGAUGGUAGGGUUCUGGACUUGUGGAGACAUAUUUAAGACUGGCUACUUUAUUCUACGAGAGGCACCACCCCAGUUUUGGAUAUGUGGCAUGCUACAAGUGUCUAUAGAUAUUUCUAUAUUUGUACAGGUAUUUCUGUACAGGAACCUGCCAUCUCGUGCCCCUAAAUUCUACAGUAGUUAAUUUAUACAGCAUAUAGUAUUAAAUUCUUCAUGACCCUUAGGUCACUAUUGUUUAAUUACAAUGUCUUUAACUAAAUAUACAAUGAUAUAUAUAUAUAUACAUGUGUGGUAUGUAUUGGGGUUGAUUAUUACUCUGACUUAGCUCUUAAUUGAAUAUUAAAUUUGUUAUUCCUUUCAGGAAUUAUGUGCUUCUUACUCCACUCCAUCUAUAAAUAACUCUCAGCAAUGCCUACACUGUAAACACGAAACACAAUAUUAAUUUACAUGUUUUUCUUAUUUUUCGCUGUACAAAAAUAUGUGUCGAGUGAAACAUCCUGCCAACAUUUUUGUUUAGUGAUUACAGGCAGGCUACUGGUGGUUGUAUUAUUACAAAGCACAUUUUGUUUAUUUUCAAUCAAAUGUUAAUUUUUCAUUACUCCACAUAUCUUUAUUUAACAAAAGUUUACUUUAGAACUUGAUACAUAAAUGCCAUGUUAGAUGACAAAAGAUUGAAAAUUUUGAAGAUUAAACCAGAUAUGAAUGCCUAUAUAAACAACCUUAUUAUGUGUCAUAAAAUAAUAACGUCAGCAUAUAUAAACAGGGUGUUUUUCCUCUCAAUCUCAUCUGUUGAAAGAAUAAUAGACGUAAAACCUUUUAAAUAAAUAAAACUCCUAUUGUCUCUCAUUGUUAAAACAUUCUACAUAUGUGAUGUCAUAAUUAAUUAAUGCUUGGAAGUAAUACUUAAAUAUUACAUGACUACAUUUAUUGUAUGCCAUGGUGGUCAUGUAACAAAAGCAUAAGUGAGAGCUGCAAAUCAUACAACAUAAAUAUGAUUAAUGUUGAAAAGUUUUUCAGGAAUUUUUUUUUCUAUGAGUACUGGAUCAUCAGUAUCAAGAGGUGUUCAUUAUUAGAUAACUGAGGUAUUGAUAUGAGUAUUUAACAAUAUUUUGCAUAUUUAUGAGGCCCAAAAGGGAUUAAAUUUCUGUUUUGGAGUUUUUGGUGGUAAAAAGUGUAACUGGAUUGUAAAAGUCAGGAGAUAGUUAAUUAUUAGUUCAAGCAGUAAUAUGAAUGUCAUCAACAGGCAAGCUAUGAUUUUCUCAAACAACUCUUGUGUUUUUAAAUCUAUUACUGGUGGUGUAGCUAGUCACUGAAACCUUUCUAUCUCUAGUAUAUAAUUCUAGUCAUUUUGUUUCAUUUUGUGGUAAGAGUUGUAGAAAAAUUCAAUGUUAUGAAGAUAAACGGUUUAAUGAUGAUUCACAACAAUACUAAACUAACUUAUACAACACUUCUUGCCUGUGCCUAUAGGUUUAAAAUUCAUAUGUUUAUCAUUACAGUAGAAUCUAAAGAAAAAAUGGAAGAUGGUUAUGGAUUUUGUUACAAUUCACUUGUUGAAGUAAAACAUUGAUAUGUAUUGUGAUGUGCAAUAUGUUACAAAAUGUAAGGUACACCACUUGUGUGAUGUGGAGACCACAAGGCCUAAUAGUUGUGAUAUGUCUGACUGUGUGCACAGUAAGGUAUUGAGGGAGUGGAUGUCAUUGCGUAAAAGAAGUAAUACAUAAGUGAGUAUUCAUAACAAAUGAUGUGCCUGAAAGGCUGUGUUUGUAAUAUUAUGGAUCACAGAAAUAGGGGAGAUAACUCAACAUAUACUACUGUUAACUUACCAUAGCUGUAUUGAAGAUUCCAACAUUCCCCCAAUUUUUUUAACUUUUAUACAUUAUUUAAGGAUAUCACACAAAUCAGAAAUGUAUUUUAAAGCAAUCAGCUUAUAAAUUGAAUUAAUAGUACAUGAAAUGCAUUCCAGUGUUGAAUUAAGGACACCCCAUUUUCUAUUGCUUCUGUGACCUGUGGAAUGUUUGCAAGGGCACCCAUUUUAUAUUCUUUUGUAUUUUUAGAUAACAUUGUAAUUUAGUUCCAAUUUUUGUCAUUACUGUGGUGAGAGACACUUUGAACACACUUUCCUGUAUAAGAAAGGAAAUCUGAUGUGAUGAAUGUUACAGUUUGUGAAUUAAUGGAUUUUUUUAUCAAUGUGGGGAUUGGUUUGUUUGCCUGGUUUAUUUCCCCUUGAACAUCCAGUCAUUUAUAGGCAGGAUCUCAUUGUAGAAAGGUGGUGGCCAUCACACUUAACAACAUGUGACCAACAUAAAGGGGGCACAUUACAUGCUGUCCACAUAAUUGGAGAGAGAUGUCAAGGACAAGAACACAACCAGGUCAUAAUUGUUAGUGAUCUUCGCUCUCUGAAGCAACCCCUCUCACCCCUAAUGAGUAGGGACCAUCAGACUUUACACAUUGAUCUUUACCUUAGGUUGAAGCAACCCCUCUCACCCCUAAUGAGUAGGGACCAUCAAACUUCACACAUUGAUCUUCACCUUAGGUUGAAGCAACCCCUCUCACCUCUAAUACAUAGGGACUAUCAAACUUCACACAUUGAUUUCCACCUUAGGUUGAAGCAACCCCUCUCACCCCUAAUGAGUAGGGACCAUCAAACUUCACACAUUGAUCUUCACCUUAGGUUGAAGGAACCCCU